ACUACUCGAUCCACACAGGCAGAGAAGGAGCGAGUCUCGCGACGACUGCGGCGGCCGAGCCAGCAGCAGGCAACAGCAGGCAGCAGCAGCAGCAGCGUAAACGCCAUUUUAACUGCGCGCCGUGUGUGUGUUGUGUCGAGAUAGAGAUAAUACCUGCUCUCUAGCUCUCUGCGAGUGUUCUCUAAGUGAUCAGGGCUCCGGUGUGCGGCGAGCCUCGUCUCCGUGGUGUAGCAGCUGUGACCUCGGGAACCGUGAGAAGUACAAUAUAGCCGCGAGGCGACAGUGGCUCGAAGAGACCCGGCUGGGAAGACGCGGCCCAGCUCUCUCUCUCUCUCUCUCCUAUAUACGUAUACGCGCGUGUGUCGUGUCAGUCUCCUACACACGCAUACAGGAUCUUCGAUUCUCCGGCUGCGAAGGACAAUACGGGAGUUAUGCCAGGGCUGGUACUGCCGAGGGCUGCGGCGCCGGGCAACAUGGUGUCACGCGAACGGUGAGUCCCCAGCGGGACCGAGAAGCCGGAGAAACGCGCGACGCAGUAGCAGCUUGACAGCGUAGCAGCCCCAGCGACUAUUAAGAGUGCAGAAUGCCGCUGCCGAAAAGACUCGUGGAGCCGGUGCACGUGGCGCGUGGCACCAUACACGACGACUUUCCGCUACCCUCGGAACUCGAGGCUGUGACCAACGGUACACUCGCCAACACCAUAAGGCAGCUGUCCAGCCUGUCCAGGCACGCCGAGGAUCUCUUUGGCGAACUGACCAAGGAAGCCCAUGGACUCAGCGACAGGGCCAACUCGCUGCAGGCCAGGAUAGACAGGCUAGCGGUCAAGGUCACCCAGCUUGACAGCAAUGUCGAGGAAGUCUCGCUCCAGGACAUCCACAUGCGCAAGGCGUUCAAGAGCUCGGUGGUCUUCGACCAGCAGGUCGUCUCCAGGGACACCAUGCCCACCGCGAUGACCGAGACCUACCAUCAGUGCGACACACCACCUCCACUCGACAAGCUCAACGUUUACAGGGAGGACGGCAAGGACGGCUUGAAGUUCUAUACCGAUCCCAAUUACUUCUUCGACUUGUGGAGUCAGGAGAUGCUCAAGGAUACCGAGAAGAAGCUGCACGACAGAGGAAAGAAGACCGAGUCAGAAUAUGCCGAACCGUUCAGAGAGCCUCACAGGCCUCGGAACGAAGGUGGAAGUGGCGGCGGAGGUCGACACAAGAAGCGUGUGAGGCAGCCACACAAUACCCGCGAGCGUCAACGGCAGAUCGCAGUGGGCCAUGGCGAGUACAUUAUGCCUGCCCAGGGCAUCCAGUAUCGGCCGCCUCACAGUAUACCAGACGAGGCGCUGCUGGGUAUGGUGAUGACGGAACCGAGACCACCAAGACCCAACAGCAUCGAGCUGAGGCGCAGCUACCCGCCGGAGGAGCACCAGCUUUACAGUCCGCCCAUGUCCGAGCACUAUCGGGCGGCCAACUACGCCGGCCAGGUGGGCUAUGAUGAUAGUGCAUACGGCUCGCACUACGCACCGGGUCAGGGUCAUUCGGGGAGCGACACGUAUCAGAGCCCUGGAGGACCAGGAACGCCCAGCAGAGGCGGCAGGAAUCGACCCUCGCAGCCACCACCAGCACCACCCAGCAAUGCAUCGAGCAACUCAACACCGACGAUCGCAUCGGCUAAUAACACACCAACGAGGGGUAGGUCUAUGAGUACGGGUAGGGAUACCCUGCCACCACCACCGCCACCUCCUGGAGAGACUAUGUCACCACCUUCGAUGAACGGUACGAUUCCAUCUCAUUUGCUCAAUCGAAACGGCAGCCGGUCAAAUAGUCCAUUGCCGAAUCACCAACCAACACCCACGUCUGUGGUAACAGCGGGUGGCGUCCAUCUUGGCCAGAUGAUGCCCAUGGGUGUAGAUGAAACGGAAUCGGUGCCGCAGGAUCUACCACCGCCACCUCCGACUCCGGAUCCGGUACCAACAAGACCGGUUUCACCACCAUGCAACAUACCGCCGCCGCCUCCGCCACCGCCACCACCACCUAUAACAAACGGACCGGCGAUGGCGCCUAACAUGCCCAUGACCAACGGCGACAUUGCCAAAAUGAUUGCUAGCAACCCUCCGAAGCUCAAACCAUUGAAGAGCAUCGUCGACGGACAGCUAAGAAAGCCUGGUAAUCCCAAUAAUCCAGCGCCUGUUGAUCCUAGAAAUGAUUUAUUGAAGGCCAUCAGAGACGGCAUAAAAUUACGAAAAGUGGAGAAGAGCGAGCAGAAGGAGGUAGAACGAGUGAAUGCUCUGAACGAUGUGGCAUCCAUUCUCGCACGACGUGUUGCAGUCGAGUUUAGCGACAGUGACUCCGCAUCAGAGAGCGAGUGCGAUAGCGAGGGCUGGGGCGAACAGGAAAACACGAGCGCAACGAAUGCCGCGUGACCGGACAUUUCCAUGCCGCCUGCUAGCACCGCAGCUAAGGUUGCUUGAAGCUCGGGCACCGGGCUCUUCUUCUAUUUCGAAUUGCGAUAUUUUCGUUUCGUCGUUUGAAUACUCGUAACGAGUGAGCGGCUGAUUGAUGCAGCCUUUCGUUGUUUUCUUUUUUGAAAGAACAAAGAAACGAAUUUUCUUUGAUUCUAUAUAUUGUAUCAAAGAAAGGUUAAACAGUUUUCGUCUAAGCAUUUAUAUUUAAUUAAAUAAUUAGAGAAUUGUUUAUUUUAAAUAGUAAAUCGAUGAAAACUAUAAAGGCUGCGGAUAUCUGCCUCGAUGAGUCGACGAGUUACGAACUAUCAAUAUACUUCGCUUUAGUGUCGUACUAUAGCUAGGUAGGUGACCUUUAUUAACAACCAAAGUAUUGCCGGUAUGUUUCUUCUUACUUCUCUUACAUAAUAAAAAAAAGAAAUUGUCAAACUUCCGCAACGGUUCUUUCAAAGAGUACGCGUGACGAUACGCUCAUGAACGAGAAUUGAGAGACGUCUUCGAAAAAUAGUACGAUUGAAACGUAUAUGUAUGUAUUUUAUCUUGUAAUAUGAGUUAGUUUUAUUUAAAAUUACUUAAACAAAGUCAACAGAGUAAUCUAUUUUUAUUACGUUGAUUUUUUUUUACAACGAGUAUUUUAUUUUUCCAUUAUCGAUUAUUGAAUCAGCUGCAUUUUUAACUCUAAUGAAAUCAAGUGACUUUCUUAGUCGAUGCACAUUUCCAAUGAAAAUUGUACUUCUGGUCGAGAUCGUUAAGUAGUCGUUGAUAGUUUUAAUUGUCUGAUGGUCUCAGAAGAAAAAGAUCAAAUUUAAAAAGAACGCACAUCGUUAGUUGAAGUGCGAUAGGUAAACUGGAAAAUAUGCAGUUUUUCAGAUACUUGAUUGCUAGUGCUAAUUCCCCAAGUAUUUACUCUAAUCAUCACACACAAAAUAAUUCAGAUCUUGCAUAGUUAACAUUUAACAGGAAACCGGGGAUGAUUAGUCAAAAUAGUAGUAACUGCCCAAAAAGAGCUUCAAAACGUUUUCAAGAAAAGUAGAGUCAAAGCAAAAUACUCCAUUGGACACAAUAUGAUGCAGUAAAUUUUAUAAGCAUGAGUACUUUCUUACAAGAAAUUUUUAUAGGUUUUAGUAGAAGGCAGUUAAGAAAGGAAUGAAGAUGUCUGAAUCGAAAGCAUAAUUAACUAACUGUUAACUACAAUGAAUGAAUGAAUGUUUCAAUCAAUCUUUGCUUGAAAAAUCAAUACGAUUGUAAUUUAUUUUGAAUCGAUGUUGCUAAUAUUUAAAAAAAGAGAAAAAAUUGAAAAAGUGCGUAAGAGUAAGAAAGAGAGAACAAAAAUUUAAUGCGAUGUGGAAGCAUUAAUAUAAAGAUUAUAUAAAUGAGAAAAAGUAUAUUAAAGAAAUAUAUUAUAUCGAUCGUUAAGAUUAUACAUAAUCUUACGUGUUGAAUUAACGCUAAACGUACAUUUGAAAAAAAGAUAAAAAAAAAGUGAAAAAUAAAAGAUAGACGCAUAAAAAAAUUUUCUCCGGAUUUUGCGAAGCACAGCUAUGAAAAAAGUUGCGAUAAUUUGUUUCGCUAAAGUAAAAAAGUUUUUGGCAAGGAUAUUCUCGUGUGUAUGUAUUGCGGAACGCAUAGUCGAGCGUUGGAGUCUCCUAUGGAGACAUGCCAGCGUCGACGCCUAUCCUUUCUUUCGACUCUAAAAAAUGGUUUCUAUAUUGGCUUUGCCCUUAUUCCCAGGUUCUAUGAAUGUUUUUGUAUAAAAGUAUGAGUGCGCUGCAUUUUUCGCGUGUGUCUGUGGAACGUCUGGUAUAUUCUUUAGUGCAUGAAAUGUCAGAGAUGGUUUAUUAUAUACAUGGAACUCUUGAGAGUGCUGAGAAGAUGACGUGUGAUUAUUCAUCGGCAACGACACACUUGUACAUUUCUUCUUUUAAAGGCAAACAAAUAAUAAGAACGGCGUACCACCAAAAACGCCAAUUAUAUAAAAGAUUAUAAUAUGUAAACGAUAAUCGAUGACUCUUUUCUGUACUAUGUUUAUAUAUAAAUAUAAAAUUUAUAAUAAGCUAAUAUAUAUAUAUAUAUAUAUAUAUAUAUAUAUAUAUAUAUAUAUAUAUAUAUAUAUAUAUAUAUAUAUAUAUAUAUAUAUAUGUGAGGAAAAUGAGGAAAUCUCUCGAUUGUAAGAACUCUAGGAUUCAUAAGUAUUUUUAGCUAGCUAUGUAACUCGCCAACUACUCUACAGUAUUUAACAGGGGAAUUAAAGAAAAAGUUUAAUUAAAAAAAAAUAAUAAUAAAGGUGAAACUCGAUUUUGUAAUGUCGGGCAUACAAGGAGUAGGGGCGUGUGCUACCGAUGUAACCUCUUUAACACCUACACCAAUAAAUAUCGAUUAAUGUUAAUCGCUGUGAAUCGUGAUCGUAUAAACGUAUAAAAAGUCUACGUGUUACCGAAACAAAAAACAUUUUCAAUACAGUGUCAGCAACUGCUUUUUGAACGGAGAAAUGGUGCAACUUUCAUACUGUAUUUUUCAUGAAAAUAAGAGAAAACUUGGCACUCUAUAGCUUUUUUGAUCGUUGAGGAGGAAGUGCUCGAAUUAUUCCAUUUUCCAGAGCCAUCGUAAUCAUCUUCAUUCGUACAGAGUCUUCAAGCAUUUAUGAAUUUUCCGUUUCUCCUCGUAUGAAAUUCCACGAGCAUUGAAUUUACAAUUUUAUAACAUAGCGAAGACAGGGCGGCGAGUGGCAAGUGUCUGGUGAAGAACUGCAAUAAAGUUAAAGAAAUGCACUUAUUUAAAGUAAAAAAAACAUACGUGUUUCGUAACGCAACAUACGCAGUGAUCGCUACAAUAAAUACAAAUAAUAAUUGUACUACUACUGUCAACAUUAUUACAUUUGUAGUAAAACUGUACAGAGCCAAAUAAAUCAAAAAAUUUCAUAAAUUUCA